CUCUCGGUCCCUGCCCUGCCGUCGUCCCCUCCAUGUCAGGGCAGAUCGUCAAGCCACUUGCCAUUUGAUGGUAUUCUCGGCCGUGAACUUCACCUCUGCAUCUGCCUUACGAGCUUGAGUCUUGUCUCAUGUCUACACUGUCAGACUCACCUUGGAUAAGCUCGUAUUCAAACCCGACAUAGUACCGGAACUUGCCGUAGCUCGACCAUACAUACACCACAGGCCUAUCCACCAACCAGUGUCGGCAUCUGAUCUUCCAGAAUGUCCAUGUUCUCACAGAAGAAGCCUUAUUCGGCCGUCACUACCUCGAUCGAGAACCUUACCAGUGAAGCCUACGAGGAGGACGACCUGAGCGGUAUCAUCGAGCUCGUCGAGGUCAUCAAGCUCCAGGCAACAGGGCCCGCAGAAGCCGCUCGCGCCAUACGCAAGAAACUCAAGUACGGCAACGUCCAUCGUCAGCUUCGAGCCCUCACCCUCCUCGACGGCCUCAUCUCCAAUGCCGGUCCCAGAUUCCAGCGCACCUUUGCCGACGAGCCUUUGCUGGAACGCCUCCGCGUCUGCGGCACUUCAAACCUAUCUGACCCGGCCGUGAGGAAGAAAUGCCGUGAACUAUUCAUCAGCUGGGCCCAGUACAAGAAAACGCCGGGCCUAGAUCGCAUCUCGAGACUUCAAGCUGAAUUGCCAAAACGCAAGCAGGUCGUCACUCAGGAAAGGUCUCGUGCCGUCCGCGAGUCUGAAAAUCCCUUUGGGGACGACGAAGAAGAAGAUGGCAAGCAGACCCCGGCAUCUCAGGCAUCUCAGACUGCCAAGGAGCCGUCCAGGUCGCCCCAUGCCUGGAUGGUAGGCGCCGCUAACGCUUAUGCCCACAACCAACAUGCGAGAUCAUCGUCAGCAUCUGGUGGCUCCUUCUUCGGCUCAUCUUCCAAGGAUAAGAGCAAGGAAAAGAGCAAAGACAAGAAGAAAAGAAAGCGCAAGCCUUUUAAUCUGGAGGCCGAAAAGGAGCAAAUGAAGAGCGACAUUGCGGAGUGCUCCAUCGCCACCACGAACCUCAACAACACGCUACAAAGCAUCAACCGCGAGAAGGAGCGCAUCUCGGAAAAUCAACAAGCUGUCCAGCGCUUUGAAGAGUGCAAGGGGCUGAGGAGAAAGAUUCUGCGUUACAUACACCACGUCGAAGACGAACAAUGGCUGGGCAGCCUUCUUAACGCCAACGACGGUCUCGUCCUCGCCCUCAUGACUUUCGAGCAGCUGGAUCGCUCCAUCGAUGCCGACAGUGACUCCGACGACGAGCUGGCGGAGCAAGCUCACCUGUAUAGAUUAAUGACGGAAAAACAUCAGAGAGCCGCUUCGCAAUCCCCCCUAGACGUGUCCGUUUUAAACAUCGGCAGUUCUAGCCCUCCCAGACCAGCCCCGCCCCCUCGCCCGUCCGACACAUCAAAGCCCUUCUCGCCCGCUUCACCCACCCGUGCCGCCGGUCCCUCAACCGCCUCGGCACAUCCUCCCGUGUCGGACUCGGAGGAGGAAGUUGAUGAUGACGAUGAUAACCCCUUUGCGGAUAAGAAUGCUGUCACGACGCCAGCCCUGGAGAGCGAACCCCGCUGGUGACGGGAACAAGAUUUAUGCCCUUCUUUUUCCAUUGUUCUUAUCUUUUUCCUUCUUCUUGCUUCCAUCCUCAGCUCUUUAUAUAGUUGUCUCGCUCAUACUUCGAGAUAUAUCUCUCGAGAUAUAUCUCGAAGGGUAUCCUUCUCGUCUUGAGAUGGUUGAGAUAGCAGGGAGAUUUAAGACGAUGGGGAAGAUAGGCAGGACCAUUAAUCAAUAUCACAUGUCAUGAAUCUGCCA